UAUAACUCCAAUGGAGCCCGGACAGGGGUGAAAGACCAAGCGAAGGAGCCGGUACAGUGGGGAAGAGCAUGGGAGGUGGAUUGGUUCUCUCUGACAGCUGUGAUCCUGCUGCUGUGCUUUGCCCCCUUCAUCGUCUUUUUCUUCAUCAUGGCAUGUGAUCAGUACCAGUGCUCCAUCAGCCACCCAAUACUGGACCUCUACAACGGUGAAGCCACCCUGCUCACCAUCUGGAACCGUGCCCCUUCGUUCACAUGGGCUGCUGCCAAGAUCUACGCAAUCUGGGUCACAUUUCAGGUGGUGCUGUACAUGUGCGUUCCAGAUAUCAUGCAUAAGAUUCUUCCAGGUUACGUGGGAGGAGUGCAGGAUGGUGCCCGAACACCAGCAGGUCUGAUUAAUAAGUAUGAAGUCAAUGGUCUGCAGUGCUGGAUAAUCACUCAUGUUUUAUGGGUGGCUAAUGCACAAUACUUACACUGGUUUUCACCAACCAUCAUCAUUGAUAACUGGAUCCCUCUCUUAUGGUGCACCAACAUCCUCGGCUAUGCCGUGUCCACUUUGGCUUUCAUUAAGGCUUAUCUGUUCCCUACCAACCCAGAGGACUGUAAAUUCACAGGCAACAUCUUCUACAACUACAUGAUGGGAAUUGAGUUCAACCCUCGCAUAGGAAAAUGGUUUGACUUCAAGCUUUUCUUCAAUGGCCGGCCGGGUAUAGUGGUGUGGACCCUGAUUAACUUAUCCUACGCUGCUAAACAGCAGGAGCUGUAUGGUUAUGUGACAAACUCUAUGAUCCUGGUCAAUGUUUUGCAAGCCGUAUAUGUAUUGGAUUUCUUCUGGAACGAAGCCUGGUACCUCAAGACUAUAGACAUCUGCCAUGAUCACUUUGGCUGGUACCUGGGCUGGGGAGACUGCGUGUGGCUUCCUUUCCUCUACACACUACAGGGCCUUUACUUGGUCUACAACCCCAUCCAGCUUUCUACGCCUCAUGCUGCAGGUGUCCUCAUCCUGGGUCUGGUGGGCUACUACAUCUUCCGCUCAACCAACCACCAGAAAGACCUUUUCCGUCGCACAGAGGGUAACUGCAAAAUCUGGGGUAAGAAGCCCACCUUCAUCGAGUGUUCAUACCGAUCGGCUGAUGGCGGGAUUCACAAGAGCAAACUGAUGACCUCUGGGUUUUGGGGGGUGGCCCGUCACAUGAACUACACGGGCGACCUGAUGGGCUCACUGGCGUACUGCUUGGCCUGCGGUGGCGAGCACUUGCUGCCCUAUUUUUACAUCGUCUACAUGACCAUCCUGCUGGUGCACCGCUGCAUUCGUGAUGAGCACCGCUGUAGCAACAAGUACGGCAAGGACUGGGAGUGCUACACCGCAGCCGUGCCCUACCGUUUGCUGCCCAACAUCUUCUAGAGCGUUUCGCCAUAUACAGAAAACCAAUUUAUCUUGUUAUUUUAUGUGGCUGCUCAUACUUAUUUUAAACAGUUGGCUUUUUAAUCUUUUUAUGUGGGUGUGAAUGGCAGAUUUUACAAAGAUUAUUUUGCCUUUUAGUGAGUGUGAGUGUGGAUAUACUAUACAUGAGUAUAUAUAAGUUCCCCCGAUAGGCAGGGAAACUCAUUGUAUAGAGAAUAGCACUCAUUAUUGUUCAGGAUGUAAAUAGACAAAAGUCUAUACAUUCAGAAAUGCUCAGACUACAGCUUAUCAUAUUUGUAUUCAUAUUUUUUUCUACCAGCCAAACUACUGAAAUAAAAGUU